CCGACCUUCGGGCUCGUCAUAUAUCAUUCAUGACUUUAUCGGUCAAGGGGAAAGAGAAAGCCAACGGCGCCGCUGAUACCUACGAACUUCCCUGGGUAGAGAAGUACAGACCACAUGUCCUCGACGACAUCGUAGGGAACACAGAGACCAUCGAGCGCCUGAAGGUCAUCGCGCGCGACGGGAAUUGUCCGCAUAUCAUCAUAUCGGGCAUGCCUGGGAUCGGAAAGACCACAAGUAUACACUGCCUGGCACAUCAGUUACUCGGUGACGCUUAUAAGGAGGGGGUACUGGAGUUGAAUGCGUCAGAUGAGAGAGGUAUUGAUGUGGUUCGGAACAAGAUCAAAACGUUUGCACAGAAGAAGGUCACACUACCUCCGGGACGGCACAAAAUCAUCAUACUGGACGAGGCAGACAGUAUGACAGCAGGAGCCCAGCAAGCACUACGUCGAACCAUGGAGAUCUUCUCGAAUACAACACGCUUUUGCUUGGCAUGCAACAUGUCCAAUAAGAUCAUCGAGCCCAUACAAAGUCGAUGCGCUAUCUUGAGGUAUGCCAAGCUGCGAGACGCGGAAAUUUUAAAGCGGCUGUUAGAGAUAUGUGAGGCGGAGAAGGUCCAAUAUAACGACGAUGGCCUAACAGCAUUGAUAUUCACGUCAGAAGGAGACAUGCGGCAGGCCAUCAACAAUCUUCAGUCGACUUGGUCAGGGUUCGGAUUUGUAUCGGGGGACAACGUCUUCAAAGUGUGCGACCAGCCCCAUCCCAUCACUGUCCAAGCUAUUAUUCGUGCAUGCACAAAAGGGGAUAUCAAUGACGCUAUGGACAAGCUGUCUGAGUUGUGGGCUCAAGGUUACAGCGCUGUUGAUAUCGUUGUCACGAUAUUCCGAGUGGUUAAGACGUCAGACGAAUUGCCAGAGUAUACCAAACUCGAGUUUAUUAAGGAGAUUGGGUUCACGCAUAUGCGCAUCCUAGAAGGGGUGGGUACCUUGAUACAACUCGGGGGUCUUAUGGCACGCCUGUGUAAGAUGAACAUGAAGCCUGAACUCCUGCGAAUAUGAUACAUAUUGUGUAACAUCUCACCUCCAUGCGAUUCUCAUAAUAUAGGCUAUAACUUUGAAAGUCUGAAGCUAUGCCGACUACAGAACAAAUAUCUUGUCUUAAAAGAAGUGCUGACAGCAGACAAUAUCUCGAGCGACCAAGCAAGCGCGGAGUCUUCGGCUGCUACCCCUCCUUGGAACUAUACUGGUGUAUCAGACUCUUCCUUAAGCACCUCUUCCGGUUCAUCGCCAGGUCCAGGCAGCUCCCAACCAGUCUCCUCCGCCUCGUAACGAGAAUGACUGUAUAUGCAGUGUUCGAUCGCGUCGAGGAAAGACAUGGUAUUCUUACGUCUGCGAGGCCGACACAAGGUACAAACCAAUUUCACGCGGUGAUCCAAAUCCUGAGCUCG